ACGGGCUGACCAAUGCCCGGAUGGAAUGAUAUCUCCAGCCCUGGAUGGUCAGCAAAAUUUAUAUCGAAAAUCCUGUAGAAAUUGUCUAAUGAUCGUUCCAAAAACACUCGAGUAUUCCAGGGCUAUAGCGUAAGCUUAUUAUGCCUUCAAUAGGGGCUCAGAUGGGACAUCUUGUAUGCUAUAUCCGCGAAUUUUGUACUAGAAAAAUACUUUCCAACUUCUUCCACAAUUUUUAUCAUACCAAAACUUGUGCAUUUGGUUGGCUAUGGCUCAUGACCAAGAUCCGGGCUAUGUACUUGCAGCGGGUGCUACAUUUCUAGUCUUGUGUAUUGUAUUCGUGUUUUUGCGAAUCUUGACGCGAUAUCUGCAAAAGACUAGGUUGGGCUUAGACGACUGGUUGACUAUUCCGGCUCUUUUAAUGGUGAUUGGUUGUUCAUUAGUUUUAAUCAUUGGUGUUGAAAAGAAAGUUCUCGCAUACCCUACUCCGCCACCCACAGAUCUUGAACACCCUAAUGACGAACAAAGCUUUAGCUUUACAACUGUGGAAAAGCUAGAAUGGGCUUUCUUCCUCAUGCAAAUUUUGUCCAUGGGCUUUACCAAGCUUAGUUUCAUAUUUUUCUUCAGAAGAAUAUUUUUGACUGGACAUCGAUCCCAUUUCUCAAUAGUAUCUGCUUGUGUUCUGAUGGUUGUUGUAUUAUGGUGCUUGGCAUUCUUUUUUUGGUUCCUUCUAUCUUGCGGCAAUAAGUUUGCUACUAGAUGGACCACAAUCAAUACACUUCACCACAACUGCCCAAGUGACAUUCAGAGCGAUCUUGCGCUUGCUAUUUCCGACUUUUUGACGGAUGUCAUGAUACUGGGUCUUCCUAUUCCAAUGGUCCUGAGACUGCAAAUGUCAACCGGUAGAAAGGUUGCGGUCUUAGCAGUCUUUGGGCUAGGGUCUAUAGCUCUCGUCGCAUCCAUUGUUCGGCUGGCUUUGUUCGUCAACAUCACUGGCAUUGCAUCGGGCAAGAUUAAGGAUCCUAACGCAGAUAAUGAUUUACUGACAACGCGUUCUCUAUUCUGGUCGAUGUUAGAGUCGGGUCUUGCACUUGUGGCAUGUUGCUUGCCCUCUCUGAACUCCUUGGCUGGGCUACCUGCAUUUCGUUCAAUGAUUGACAGUCUUCGAAGUAUUUCUAGUCUUCAUUCAUCAUCUGAACAUUACAAAAUAAGCCAAGGGAAUGACAACUCCCAGCUCAAAGCCGAAGAUCCAUCUUCAGCUUCCCGAAAAGCUCUAGUGCCAGAAUCUGCUGAUUUCGCCGAGAUCGAGACAUAUGCCAUGGGUGAUGUACCAAAGAUUCAUCAUGGAAAAAGUGCUGGAGAAGACGUCAUUUGGGUUGAUAAAGUUGUAGAGCAGCGGAAUCAUAUUGUGUAAAAUAAUAGCGAACUUUUGAACGAACCAUAGUCUAGAAAUUCGUUGGAUGUUGAGAAGUAUGGGCCCUCCUCUUCUCAGGUAGAUUCGUGAUAGAGAAAAUGAACUAUAAGAAUUCGGCAAUC